ACAAGUCAAAUCACGAUUAGGUGUUAUUCCGAUUCGCUGAUGCGAUACAUAAAAACAAGCUAGCAUGGCCUGGAACAAUUAUCUAGUAGAAUCCAGUGCACACGCGCAAUCUCUAUCGCCACACUUUUUCACGAUCGAUUUCAAUUCAGUGUGCGCGUCGAUUAGCAAACAUGCAUUUCAUCUGCAGAUUCUGACAGCUAUAUUAUGCGACAACUAAACUGAUAAUCUGACAGCCAUUGAUCGAUCAACUAUAAAUAAGGAAGAAACCAUGCACACCACAACACAAAUCAUCAACAAGCUCACAAAGCAAGCAAGCAAAGCUAGACAGAAGAAGCCUCUAGAACCUUCCAGAAGCAAGGUAGCUAAUCGAACAAUGGCGGAGAUGGUGGCGAGGCUGGCGUCGGAGAGGGCGGUGGUGGUGUUCACCAAGAGCGGCUGCUGCAUGUGCACCGCGGUGACGACGCUGCUCGGCGAGCUCGCCGUCAGCGCCGCCGUGCACGAGCUCGACAGGGAGCCGCUCGGGAAGGAGAUGGAGAGGGAGCUCGCCAGGAGGCUCUACGGCUCCGGCGGCCGCGGCGGGCCCGCCGUGCCGGCGGUGUUCAUCGGCGGGAGCCUCGUCGGCAGCACCAGCAAGGUGAUGGCCAUGCAUCUCAAGGGGGAGCUCGUGCCAAUGCUCAAGAACGCCGGUGCACUGUGGCUUUAA